AUGGAUAUCCAAGCGCAAGGGGAGUCCAGGUCUUCCGCGUUGCGUCUUCCAGACCUCGAGGCUUCAAAUAAGGCCAAGUUCCCAUCUCGGCAGAAGUUACAAAUACAAUCGGAAGAACAAGGAAAAAUCAUGACUAAUCAGAGACACAAACGACCGCAUACCAAGUCUCGCUGGGGUUGCUACAACUGCAGAGCGAGGAGGGUGAAGUGUCAAGAAACCAAGCCGGCAUGCGAGAACUGCAUGUACCGAGACAUGGAAUGUGUAUAUCCAUCCAAAGUCCGGGAAUGGGUUGGUGCAGGGAAGCAAACGGCCUCGCGACGGGAUGCUUUGGUGGUAUCUUCACAGGUUGGCAAGCAGGUGUCGCUCUCUCAAGGACUCUCUGUCAGUCCAUUCAGUGGUGAUGACCUGCGAUACUUCCAUCAUUUCCUCGUCGUUGCGCGCCCCCAUCUGCCCUUCGGGAGCGAGGGUACAUGGACGACCGAAGUACCCAGAUAUGCGCAUGAGUAUCCCCAUCUGAUGCACGCGAUCCUCUCCCUAGGAGCUACUCACUACUCCCUCGUCUCGCCUAAUGGAUCGGAAUACUCCCCUACGGCGAUCGUCCACAGAGGAAAGGCACUGAAAGCGUUAUCCGCGGCGAUAGCAGAAGGGCCAGAAUGCACAAAAACCGACAUGGACGUCAUAUUGGCCACAUGCUAUGCCCUUGUAUUCCAAGCAUAUCACAUGAACGACGGCCUAGUCGACUUCGCCGUGAUGGUCCGCGGCUGUGGACUCAUCACCUACUGCAUCCUUGACAAAUACAAAACAAGCCAGCUAUUCCGUCUCCAGACAGAGGAUGAGGCUCUCGAGAUGGUCUCGGGACUUGCCGACGAACCCGUCAGCAGUCCCCUCAUGAUCAACAGCCUUCUCGUCGCAAUAGACAUGGUACAACCGCUCCUGCAAAGCACCACACAUCACCACUUCUUUCGAGCGUUGCGGGAGACACUUGCAGCCCUAGGAGUCUCCAACAGGACAGCGUUUAUCAACCUCACCAAGAUCUAUGCCGUGUGGUACCAAGCCGAGAACCGAGAAUUUCUCACGUUCAUCGCGCCCGUGAACCACGUCUCGCGUGCGUUGUUCAUGUAUUUCCUUGCCAUAGAGCUCAUGAUGCAGCCGGUUUAUGGCAGGCUGCGUGAGCUGAGCGGCACCACGUUCCUGACAACUGACACGGUCGUACAUCAGUGGGCUGAUAGCAUAUACCGCGAGCUGCCAGCUUCGAUACGCGAAUUGGUAAAGUUACCGAUGCAGAUCAUAGCUGCAGAUGGAAACUCUACGAGGAGUGGCGGCGGUACGCGGUCUGAAGGUGCAUUCCGCAAUCUGCAUGCUGAAUUCUUUGACAUGGAGACGAGUGCGUGGCUAGGGUGCGUAAACCCUGCAGGUGUUUCGGCAGUAGAAUGA